AAGUCGAAUACGGGAGGAUAAAAGAAGAAUGCUGCGGGCAGUGAUGGAGACAGUGUCGGGCAUGAGCCCUGCAGCUCUGACCACCAGCACCCUGCUGCUCACAGUGUACACUAUUCUGUCCAAGGUCCACUCCGAUCGGAACGUCUAUCCUUCCUCGGGAGUCCUUUUUGUUCAUGUGCUGGAGAGGGAAUACUAUAAGGGGGAAUUCCCUCCUUAUCCAAAGCCGGGUGAACUUAGUAAUGAUCCCAUAACAUUUAAUACAAAUUUAAUGGGUUACCCUGAUAGACCAGGAUGGCUGCGAUACAUUCAACGGACACCGUACAGCGAUGGUGUACUGUAUGGAUCACCAACAUUUGAAAGUGUGGGGAAGCCCACAGUUAUCGAGAUAACUGCCUACAACAGGAGAACCUUUGAGACUGCAAGGCACAAUCUAAUUAUUAACAUAAUGUCCGCGGAAGAUUUUCUACAUCCGUACCAGGCUGAGUUUUUCAUUAGAAAUAUGAAUGUUGAAGAAAUGCUGGCUAGUGAAAUCCUCGGAGACUUCCUUGGAGCAGUUAAAAAUGUAUGGCAACCAGAACGUCUAAAUGCGAUAAAUAUCACAUCUGCCCUGGAUCGAGGGGGCAGGGUACCGCUUCCCAUCAAUGACAUGAAAGAAGGGGUCUAUGUCAUGGUUGGGGCAGAUGUCCCCUUUUCCUCUUGUUUAAGAGAAGUUGAAAACCCACAAAACCAGCUUAGAUGUAGCCAGGAGAUGGAGCCUGUAAUAACCUGUGAUAAGAAGUUUCGAGCUCAAUUCCAAAUAGAUUGGUGCAAAAUUUCACUGGUUGACAAAACAAAGCAAGUGUUGACCCCUCAAGAAAUCGUACGUGGAGAGGGGAUUUUACCAGACGUCGGGGAAUACAAACCACCUUCCCAAACUCUCAAAAGUAGAGACUUUUAUUCAGAAUUCCUCAUCACGUUGGCUGUACCUUCUGCAGUUGCACUGGUGCUCUUUGCAAUACUGGGAUAUAUAAUGUGCUGCCGGAGAGAAGGAAUGGAAAAGAGAAACAUGCAGACACCAGAUAUUCAACUUGUCCACCAUAGCGCUAUUCAAAAAUCCACUAAGGAGCUUCGUGACAUGUCCAAGAACAGGGAAAUCGCCUGGCCUCUCUCAACGUUGCCCGUGUUCCACCCAGUGACUGGAGAAAUGGUAGCGCCAAUGCAUAUGGACAACUAUGACAACACCAGCAUGCCUUUGAUGCAAACCCAACAGACUGCGUCACAUCAGACCCAAAUACCACAGCAGCAGAAUGCAGGUAAAUGGUAUCCCUGAAGAAAGAAAACUGACGGAAGCGAUGAAUUUAUAACGGAAAAGGAAUUACACACUCAGCAUUUACUCAUCAAUGAAAUUGUGCAAUAUUUGUACAGAAUAGGAUUGUGCAUGGCUUGUGAUGCCUGUCUUGGUGCCACAAUCUGCUUACACAUUUACCCUUUACUUGCGUGCAGCUAUAAUUUUAAUUUGGAGAUUUUGUAUAAAUGUAAAACUAUUUGUUUUUUAAAUUCAAGAAAAUAACUCUCCAUCCGCUGGUCCCUGUUCUUCUAUUGCAUCAUCAGGGAAAUAAGUUGUAAGGGAUGCCGCAGGGCUGGGUGACAGGUGGACAGAUGGCCUCAUUUAAGAUGGGAGUUCUCCCUAAACAUGAGUUGCUCAUAUAUAAAUACAGCAGACUUAGAUGUUAAAGAUGUUUUUUUUUCAUUAUAGAAGAACCAAAUAUCGUUAAAAAGUGUUUUUUUCUGCCACUCAUGGAGCUCUAGUCUAUUCUGAUUGGUUGGAAUGGCCAGGCAGCGAUUAUAAUACAGGUAUUAUUCAUAUCAGUGU